CCACCCCUCUUCAACCAUCUUGCCACGAGCAACCACACAAUGGCAUCUGCAAAGCCUUUAACGAUGCUCGUGGCUCGAAGUCGCCCAGCGGCCAGGCUUUCCAGUGCUGUGCGCCCUCUUGCAGUUUCUUCAAGUCCUUUGCCCGCCUUCUCGACAAGCACCCUUCGGGCGUACGCCACUCCCUCUGGACCACCCCCCCCAGGUUUCCGAUUGCCAAAGCCGGAAAGAUGGGAUGAGAGCAAAGAAUCUUCGCUGGACAAGGCGGGAAAAUAUUUCCUCUUGACCGAGAUGGCGCGGGGGAUGUAUGUUGUGUUGGAACAAUUCUUCCGACCUCCAUAUACCAUCUACUAUCCGUUCGAGAAGGGACCAAUUUCUCCACGUUUCAGAGGCGAGCAUGCUCUGCGAAGAUACCCCUCCGGCGAAGAGCGCUGUAUUGCAUGCAAGCUGUGUGAAGCCAUUUGCCCCGCUCAAGCUAUUACUAUCGAAGCCGAGGAGCGCGAAGAUGGAAGCCGAAGAACAACCCGCUAUGAUAUCGACAUGACGAAGUGUAUUUACUGCGGAUUCUGCCAGGAGAGCUGUCCAGUCGAUGCUAUUGUCGAAUCGCCGAACGCUGAGUACGCCACUGAGACAAGAGAAGAAUUACUCUACAAUAAAGAGAAACUACUUGCCAAUGGAGAUAAAUGGGAGCCGGAACUAGCGGCGGCUGCCAGAGCAGAUGCGCCAUAUAGAUAAGAUCUAUGUUGGCGACGAGCUCUUUGUACAUUGAAAAGACUGACUAUAGGUUUAAGAAGGCGUUGGCAACAUCCCUUCUUUGAUUUAAUCGCACUUGACACUUCUUGAAUUUGUUGAUCUACUAUUUCUCCUGAAGUGAAACAAUUGAAGUGCAUUGCAAAUGUUGCCGUCUGCUUCAGCCAGGUGCUGGUGCCAAACCUCUGUCAUUGAACCUUCAGUCUGGUAUGAGGUUGUGGUUUUUAAGAGGCUAUUAGGCAGCGGCCAAUUUUCAUGUCCUGUUAGAGAAUAAGACAACCGUCUGCACACCUCCCAAUGCUUUGAAUUAGUGUAACGGUACUGAGAUAUUUAAUUGAGGUCAAGUUACGUGGUUUCCAAAUUUAAGCGAUUUUGC